AUGCUUCUCUUCGCUUUUACAUCACUCGUCGGCCUGGCUGCAUGCCUUCCAUCGAGCUCGCACGCUCUUUCGAAGCAAGCAGUCAGUGAUCUCAUUGUGACUAAGGUACCUGACCAUGUGCGCCCAUACAUUGUGCGAGCAUACGCACUAGAUGGGUACCGAGUUGGAUCACAGGUCUACCGCUUCCCGGUGACUGGCCCUUCAUCGGACUACGCCUUCACAUUGAUCAGUACCGCUGCGCCGGCUGGUACGAGUCUCGGCGUGCUCCCUCACACGCAUGCGGCUCACUACGAGAACUUCUAUUGCCUCAAGGGUCGAUAUGCCCUCUGGACCAGCAAAGACAAUGUCACAUCAGGCCGUAUCCUCACACCUGGUGACUACGGAGCUGUGCCCCACGACACGACCCACACCUUCCAGCUCCUCGAUCCUUUCGUCGAGCUCGUUGGCGUCAUCCAGCCCGGUGGCUUCGAAGACCUCUUCUACUUCCUUGCAAAUGCCAACUAUAGCUCCUCCACCAACUCACCCUUCCCGCAAGGAAACUUCUCGGACCCGGGUGGUGACUCUAGCCUGAUCACCACACUCGAAAGCUACGAUGUGUACGCCAAGUUGACUUUUAGCCCCCCUACAAACUUCGGUGCGAACGGCGCAACAGAGGAGGACGCAAUCUGGCACAACGGCACCAACGUACUGGGCAAGGACGCUCAGACACCAUUUUUUGUUGCUAAGGGCUAUGGUCCCAAGUACCUCGCCGGCGACAAAGACUCUUCGUAUGCCAUUGUUGAGCCCUUCAUCACGAGCCAGCAGUCUGACGGCAACUUCACCGAGGGAACUAUCACCCUAUCAAAGCCAGUUGCUGGAUCUAAGCCUGCUACGUACUUGCUGCCCGGCCACACUGCACUCGAAGUUGUUGAUGGACUUGUCAGCGUUGACGUUGGUGGCUUUGAUGGUACUACAACCCUAUCCGUUGGUGAUGUUGUCUUCGUGCCUGCGAACACAACCUUCAGCUUCUGGGGCGAAUCAGUGUACUCGAAGGUCCUGUAUGUUGGUGCUGGAGAGGACACAGUGGAUGCUAGGAUCAGGCAGAAUGCCAAGGAGUGGGAUUCGGCUACAUGGCCGCAGUGA